AUGGAGAACACAUUUAUUGAACGAAAUCAAACACCACAGAAAAUGAGUGUUUUUAAAGAAGUUCCUCGAGAGUCUACUGCAGAAAAAAGAAGACGUGUUUUUGAAACGAUGAUUUCGGGAUUUAAAGAAAUCAACUCAUCAAGAAAAGAAAAAAAGCAACAUGUUACUGGGAGUUCUAAUCUUUGUGAAUGUCCUGUAAUUGAAAUUCCUCCUAAUCCUUUUGAUAUUAAUUUUGAAUCAAAAGUUCCAUCUAAAAGUUGUUUUGUUCCUUCUACAGAAACUUCAACUGAACAUUCUGGAAGUACAAAUAGAACAUUAAUUACUUCAACAUCAUAUAGAUCUGAAUUUGAUAGGAAUAGAAUUCAACAAAUAGAAAUUGAUAGAAAUCAAGAAUUUUUUAUUGGAAGAGCUUCUAAAACACCAGAAAGAUAUAUUUAUAUUAGAAAUGCUAUUGUUGAUCUUUGGAAUAAAGAAAAACCAAAAUAUGUAAGUAAGACAAUGGUAAGACAUCAAAUUAAAGAUUGUGGUGAUGUUAAUUGUAUAGGAAGAAUUCAUACAUUUUUAGAACAAAUGCAAUGGAUUAAUUAUGGUAAAGUAACAGGUAAAUAUAUUCGAACACAACAAAAAUUAAGACAACCAGAAACUAUUCCUUUAAAAGAUAAUACUCAUGUUAUUAUUUGUGGAAGUGCAUUAUUAGUAUUAGAUAUUCAUUGUAGAUUAAUAGAAAAUCCAGUUGGAUUAGUAGUUGGAAAACAAGUAACACCACUUCUAUUUAUUAUUGAAGAUAUGGUUCCAAUUGGAGUAGGGAAAUGUGAAUUACCAGAAGAUACUAAAGUUAUUGGAGUAUAUUAUGAUGAAACUAAUCAUUUUCCAUAUUAUUUAGAAGCAAGUUAUCCAUUUUGGAUAUUACGUUUAGUAUGGAAAAAACAAAAUAAAAGUUUUAAUGUUAUAAGAAAAGAUAGACAAGUUGAAGUUGGAGUAGUUGAAAUUGUAAAAAAAGAAGAAGUAAAGAAAACCUAUCAAAUAUCACCAGUAUUUAAUUCUAUUAUUAAUACAUAUUUAAAUACUAAUUAUGUUACUAAUGAAUUUAUAUAA